CUGCAGCCGCCGCCGUUCGAAUCAGUAGUCGUACGGAAACUCUCCAAACGGGUUCACCGCGCGUCCGUUGUUGUGUUGUGUGUCACGGUUCUGUCUGCUCUGUCCUCUUGCGCCGACGGGAGGGUCACCCGCGUGUGUGGUGUGUGUUCUUUGCACUGGCUGUGAAACCGUUCUUUGCACGGGGUCCCCCUUCUGGCGAGAAGCGGGCAUCUACUACUGUCCAAUCCGUCAAUCGGUGUUGAUUUUCUGCCGGGUUUGUGUACGGAAAUUGGCCAAUUUGUAGCCAAGGGGUAGUGUUGCGCCACUCGGCGGACCCCUUUGCCAGGGUCCUCAGUGCGAAUUUUUGCGAAAAAGGUGCAGUUGUGGUUGGUCGGGUGAUCUGGUUUUUCGGUCGCAACAGUGGGCGCAAAUGAGUGAGUCCUGAGAAGAAUUCGCAACAGGCGAGGAGAGUUUUGUGCGAAGGUGAAGUUUGUUUGAAUUUGAAUACCUAUUAGUGAGGAAAAACCUUUAUCGCCUACUGAUUUUGAUUCGAGUGAGCAGAUAAAAGGGGAGGAAAAUUUAGUGCUCAUUCUCGGGUUCCUACGGUUGGAGGGUGCAUUUUCUGCCAGGAAAGAGUCGGCUCGGAAUCAGCCGGAGUGCUUGAUGAAAAAGAACCAGGAGCAUCUGUGAGUGUGUAUAAGUGCGUGUUUCGCUCGCAUGUUCUUCUGCGGCGUGGAUGCAAAAGGGAGAAAAUGAAAACAAAGUAGAACCAGUGUCGAGAAAGAUUCUAUCAGCAUCGUCGCCGUCGUCUUCGUCCUCCUAGGAAGGAUAUUCGCCAGAGCGCAAAGGAAGCGAUGUGAAUGAAUUUAUCGUCGGCGGAAGAUAGGGAGCAAAUAACGUCAAACAAGAAGAAAAAAAUGUGGGAAAAUGUGAAUGAUAAAUGAUUAUAAUCGGCAGUGAGUUAAAUUUCAAGGCGAAGAUUAUCGAUUUGUAACCGGUCUGUCGGUGUGUGAGUGCGUGAGUGAUUGUUAUUUAAUCGAAUCGUAGCAGGUGAUAAGAGCGACCCAGCUGCUCCUCAUUCGAGGAGGAAGAGAAAGCUUUAGUCUUUUUCGUGCGUGAAAAAGUGUGAAAUUUUCGCAAACCUAAUUUUGUCAAAAUGUGCGACAGUGAGUGUGUGGUUAGCUCCACUGGAGGAGCCAAUGGCAACAACAACAACAAUACCAAUGGUACGCCCUCUACCAAUGGUUUGCUGGUAGAGGCUAUCAAUCCGGUGAUUCACAUGGCCAGUUCCCUGUCGGCACCGUCGAUGCAGCAGCAAAUUCAGCAACAGCAAAAGCUGCAACAGAAUGAGUUCAUCUCCGCUCAGGAUCUGGCCAUGGAAAAUCUCUGGCUGAGGGAAAAGCUGAAGGAAGUCACGUCCGAUCGGGAUCGGCUUCUGUGUGAGGUGGCCAAUCUACGGCUGGAGCUGGAUAUGGCGGAACUCAAGCGGCUUCCGGAAGACAGGUAUGUGUCACUGCAGAUUACAGAUUACCCACGAUGGCACAAAUACUAGUAUUAGAUGAUCACGUAAGUUUUUACAGAAAACUUCCGAUUUUACGGUGGAAUCCUAUCACUUUUUAAUGCACUCACCGAUAAAAGUCAAACUACCAUUGCCCCACAUUGAA